CGCACGUGCAGAGCCACUUCUCUGUUUGCUCAGUCUCCCCAUCAACUACCCUAUUUUUGCCAAACUUUUUCGUAUUUUUCCGUUCUUUUUUUUUUUUAAAGAAUUCCUCCUUGAGGAUCUUCACAGCCUCAUUAACAUUCACCAGCAGCAUUUUAACUAGAAUGGCCACUCUGUUCCCCUCCGAUCAAUCAGAGGCCCCAUGAAAAAACCACAGCAGUCUGAACGCCAACACCUCUGUCUUAGCUGCUCUUCUGGCGUCGGCGGGACUCGGCAUGUGAUUCCAGACCAGGAGAAGUUCAGAACCCAGGAUUAAGGAGUUGACCAAUCCACAACAUGUGUUGGUGUUUGCCUGUCAUCGUGGGCUUCCUGAUUGUAGGCCUCCUAUACUUGGUCUGUUUUGUGAGCCAGUGGCUCCAUGGCUGGCCAGACAAGCCUGGGUACAAAAAGUACAUAGAAGCUCUAAAUCCAAGGCGGAUAUACCGUUUGACCUUUACCAUGCUGGACCUUCUUAAAUACUUUAAGUACUUGAGACUGUACUUUCAGAUUAAGUCAUGGUACAAAAAUGAAGAGAACAGUAAGCAUUUCAAAAAGGACAUUGUAUAUGGCCGCCGAGGCAACAAGCUGGACCUGUACUAUCCUCCUAAGAUGAAAAGAUUUAGAGAUGAGCUUCCACCUCUGGUGGUGUUUAUCUAUGGUGGUGCAUGGAGCACUGGAGACAGAUCCAUUUACUGUUUACUAGCAAGACAGAUGGUGGAAGAACUGAAUGCAGCUGUCGUUUGUCCAAAUUACUCAAAUUAUCCAAAGGGGAACGUUCUCAUGAUGAUUCAAGAUGUCGCCGACUGUUUGGUUUGGGCUCAAGAGAAUGGACAGAAGUUCAGCUUUGACAAAGACAACAUUGUUUUAGUUGGCCAUUCAGCGGGUGCUCAUUUGGGGGCAAUGGCCACCCUGUUUCUUCUUGACACACGGGAGGAGCUGCUGAUCGAGUCAAAGCAACAGCAGGAGAUUAUACGGUCGUUAAGGGGAGUUAUUGGGCUGAGUGGCGUCUACAGCAUCAUGGACCAUUAUGAGCAUGAGAAGAUGCGAGGAAUUGAAUAUAUGUCUUGUAUGUCAAGAGCCAUGAAUGGGGAGGAAAACUUUCCACGUUACUCACCAGCGCACGUAGUAAAAAGCCUUAAUGGUGACAAGCUGAGUAGAGCGCCCCGGUUUGUUUUGCUCCACAGUGAAAGUGACAUUGUCGUUCCGGUUGAGUCUUCCACAAAGUUCUACAUGCUCCUCUCUUCGCUCUCCGCGAAGGUGUCGCUCCACCUGCUUCCUACCGUCAGCCACACUGACAUAGUCAUUGACCUCAUGCUGUCAAGCAGACGCUUCUACCAUCCCAUCUCCGAAUGUAUCAAACUGGAAUUCAGGAAACUCUUGUUUUUUAGAUAAAUGCUCACACAUAUCAUGGAUGAUAUUAUGCAUUUUGUACAAUAUGUUUUAUUUUGUAUAGUAAAAUUGGUCUCAGUGAUUAUUUAUGCAAAUAAAUAUUAAUGGUAAGAAAAUUA